AUGACAUCAAUAACAAGUGGUAGUGAUAGUGAGCAUUUAGGUAUUCCAAAAGCUGUAUUUGUUGAAGAUGUUGAUAGUUUUAUGCAACAACCAGAAAAUGAUUCAACUGAUGCAGUUAUUCGACGACUUGAUGAUUUAAAUAGUAAAUAUCGUUUUAUGGAAAUGAAUUUAUUACAAAAGAAAAAACGUUUACGAGGAAAAUUACCUGAUAUUCAAAUUUGUUUAGAUAUGGUUGAACAACUUCGUAAAUAUCGUGAAAAUGGUACUAAUAUGGAAACAAAUUUUCUUCUAGCACAUAAUCUUUAUGGUAAAGCAACAAUACCACCAACUGAUAAGGUUUGUCUAUGGUUAGGUGCUAAUGUUAUGCUUGAAUAUACAAUGGAUGAAGCAGAAGAAUUAUUACGUGGAAAUCAAAAAACAGCACAAACAACACUUGAAAAAGUUGAUGAAGAUCUUGAUUUUUUAAGAGAUCAAAUUACAACAACUGAAGUAAAUAUGGCUCGUUUACAUAAUUGGGCUGUUAAACAACGACAACAAAAUAAGAAAUAA